AUGCGCGCGCUCUACUUUGUGUUACUGCUGGCGAUUUUCACUGCUACCAGUACCGGCCUCGACACUGCUGAAAACUCCGUUCUAGUGAAGCACAGGCAAUCCGACAACGAAAUCGCUGGCCGCGACCAGCAGCGCUACCUGAGGACAGAGACGAAGGCUGGGGCUGGAAAGAAACUCGAGAUACUGGGCAUCACGGCUCUGGUCAAGAAAGAUGGAACGGCGCCAACUGAAGAACGAGGGCUUGGCAAGCUAGGGGGCCUUGCUAAGGGGAAACUGAACUUGAAAGCAAUUCUGCUUGGUGGAGCCUUGGCGGCUGUGGUCGUGGUGCCUGUGGGCAUUGGACUUGGCAUUGCCUUGAAGUAG